CAUUAACACUCAUUGCCAUGAGAUGUUUUCAGUCCCAAGGCAGUCCUUGGGUUGCGGGACCCCAGAGUGAUUGGCACAGGCACCAGUUUUGCAAUUCUCUUUCUGAGGGCGCUGCAGUGCUGUGAAGCAAAGUAGUGGGUCAGAGUUCUGAGCUGGCUUAAAAGGCACCACUGACAUGGCUAACAGAACAAACUCCUCGGAGUAUUUCUGGUCUUGUGAAUAUUACUGGAAUUACAAAGAUCCGAUCCCAGUAGACGGAAGCAAGUUGAAGGUUAAUAAAUACUCCAUCGUCAUUGCCUUUUGGGUCGGCCUUGCUGCGUUCGUGACAUUUCUUUUCCUUAUUUUGCUGUGUAUGUCCUGCUCCGGAUCAACGCCAGCAAAGUAAGUAUAACCAGAGAUGAAGUAAGUAGAUACUGGUGUGAAAAAAUAACCUGUAGGAAACAUUCACUACCUCCAGUGACCCAGCAAUGACACAUAACGUUUAUAACUGCACAGAGGGGAAACUUCUUCUGUCAGUAUUUGGUCAGAGUGUCUCUUGACCCACUGCUCCUCCUUAUCUGAUCAGAAAAUUCAGCUCAGCAGGUUGGGCAGACAUUCAGGAUUAGGUCACAAACAAGCAGAGGGAAACAGCAGUCAAAGGGAGCACUAAUAUUCUCAUUUAUUGGCACCCUAGGGCUUUUGGCACGCUCAUAAAAGGUAACAAAAACAAUUUUAAAAGGCAGUUUACCCCCCAAAUAAACCACAAAGCAGGAGUUGGACUAACAACACAACAGACAUGGAAAUGGAUGUGAAAUUGCAGGGCAACAGAGGCAUGUUACCAAAAAGUUUCUGUUCCUAAAAAACUGGCAGGAGAAGUCUGUGUACUUGAAAAUCUCGGAGUACUUGCAAGACUUAAACAAAGUAUUCAUUUUUAAAGCUUUUUUUAUUUUUUCAUCAUGUUACUGAGCAAAAUACUUGGCUUAAAAAUACACAUAUUUAUCCCUCAUGUAUUCAAUUUUGGCCAUCAAAGGGGCCAUUGUGAACAAGGCAAGUCUAGAAAUGUUUACUGUGAGAAAACAAUUUUACAAUUGAAAACAAUUUCACUCAAUACUGUAAGAAAACAAUUUUAGGACUGAAGAAACUAUUAAACCCAGUCACACACAAAUCUUGUCCUUUUUGGUUGAGUUCUGUUUGUUUUGUAAGCCCCACUU